AUGGCACUUGCACCGAGCUACAUCAAUCCCCCAAACGUCGCCUCCCCAGCAGGGUAUUCUCACGUCGGCGUAGGCCCAGACGGAGGGAGGUAUGUGACAAUAGCUGGACAGAUUGGACAAGACGCUUCGGGCGUGACAGACCCUGCCUACGAGAAACAGGUUGCCCAAGCAUUCGCCAAUCUGCGAGCUUGCCUUGCUGCAGUUGGAGCCACUUCAAACGACGUCACCAAGCUCAAUUACUACAUCGUCGACUACGCCCCGAGCAAACUCACCGCAAUUGGAGAUGGGCUGAAGGCUACCUUUGCCCUUGACAGGCUCCCUCCUUGCACGCUGGUGCCAGUGUCGGCCUUGUCUUCACCUGAAUACCUCUUUGAGGUUGAUGCCACGGCGCUGGUGCCGGGACACACGACCCCAGACAACGUUGCGGACGUGGUAGUGGUGGGCGCUGGCUUGAGCGGUUUGGAGACGGCACGCAAAGUCCAGGCCGCCGGUCUGUCCUGCCUCGUUCUUGAGGCGAUGGAUCGUGUAGGGGGAAAGACUCUGAGCGUACAAUCGGGUCCCGGCAGGACGACUAUCAACGACCUCGGCGCUGCGUGGAUCAAUGACAGCAACCAAAGCGAAGUAUCCAGAUUGUUUGAAAGAUUUCAUUUGGAGGGCGAGCUCCAGAGGACGACUGGAAAUUCAAUCCAUCAAGCACAAGACGGUACAACCACUACAGCUCCUUAUGGUGACUCCUUGCUGAGCGAGGAGGUUGCAAGUGCACUUGCGGAACUCCUCCCCGUAUGGUCUCAGCUGAUCGAAGAGCAUAGCCUUCAAGACCUCAAGGCGAGCCCUCAGGCGAAGCGGCUCGACAGUGUGAGCUUCGCGCACUACUGUGAGAAGGAACUAAACUUGCCUGCUGUUCUCGGCGUAGCAAACCAGAUCACACGCGCUCUGCUCGGUGUGGAAGCCCACGAGAUCAGCAUGCUUUUUCUCACCGACUACAUCAAGAGUGCCACCGGUCUCAGUAAUAUUUUCUCGGACAAGAAAGACGGCGGGCAGUAUAUGCGAUGCAAAACAGGUAUGCAGUCGAUUUGCCAUGCCAUGUCAAAGGAACUUGUUCCAGGCUCAGUGCACCUCAACACCCCCGUCGCUGAAAUUGAGCAGUCGGCAUCCGGCUGUACAGUACGAUCGGCCUCGGGCGCCGUGUUCCGAAGCAAAAAGGUGGUGGUUUCGUUACCGACAACCUUGUAUCCCACCUUGACAUUUUCACCACCUCUUCCCGCCGAGAAGCAAGCAUUGGCGGAAAAUUCUAUCCUGGGCUACUAUAGCAAGAUAGUCUUCGUAUGGGACAAGCCGUGGUGGCGCGAACAAGGCUUCUCGGGCGUCCUCCAAUCGAGCUGUGACCCCAUCUCAUUUGCCAGAGAUACCAGCAUCGACGUCGAUCGACAAUGGUCCAUUACCUGUUUCAUGGUCGGAGACCCGGGACGGAAGUGGUCCCAACAGUCCAAGCAGGUACGACAAAAGUCUGUCUGGGACCAACUCCGCGCAGCCUACGAGAACGCCGGGGCCCAAGUCCCAGAGCCGGCCAACGUGCUCGAAAUCGAGUGGUCGAAGCAGCAGUAUUUCCAAGGAGCUCCGAGCGCCGUCUAUGGGCUGAACGAUCUCAUCACACUGGGUUCGGCGCUCAGAACGCCGUUCAAGAGUGUUCAUUUCGUUGGAACGGAGACGUCUUUAGUUUGGAAAGGGUAUAUGGAAGGGGCCAUACGAUCGGGUCAACGAGGUGCUGCAGAAGUUGUGGCUAGCCUGGUGCCAGCAGCAUAG